AUGGGGCUUAAGAGCGGACGGAAUGCAUCUGAUUGUUUUAAUUGGAUGAAGGAGUAUGGAUUCUAUCCCACUGUUGAGUCUUGUAAUGCAUAUCUGAGUGCAUUGUGCAGCUUGAGUCGUAGUGAUAUCGUAUCGUCUUUUUAUAGGGAAAUGCGUAGGUGCCGUAUUUCUCCCAAUGUUUAUACUGUUAAUAUUGUUAUAGGGGCUUAUUGUAAAGCUGAUAGAUUGGAUUUGGGAGUUGAGUUGUUCAAGGAUAUGGAAGGGAUGGGGUUAGCUCCUAGUGUUGUUUCGUAUAAUACUUUGAUUAAUGGAUACUGCGGUAAGGGUCUCUUGAGUAGUGCUGUGAAGCUCAAGAGUGCGAUGGAGAAGGAUGGUGUUCGGCCAAAUGAUGCUACGUAUAACACGCUCAUGUAUGCUUUGUGCAAGGAGGGGAAAAUGCAUGAUGCGAACAAGCUGUUGAGUGAAAUGAGAAGCACGGAUGUUGCUCCCACGACUGUAACUUACAACACUCUGAUCAAUGGCUACAGUGAAGCUGGAAAUAGUGAGAUGGGAAUGCGCCUCUUUGAGGAAAUGUCGGUUGCUGGCGUUGAUGCUGAUAUCUUGACUUAUAAUGCUGUCAUUUUGGGGUUGUGUAAGCAGGGGAAGACAAAGAAAGCUGCGUUUAUGGUGAAAGAACUUGAUAGGAAGAAGUUGGUUCCUAAUUCGUCAACCUUUGCAGCUCUCAUUACCGGGCAGUGCGUGAGAAACAAUCCUGAUCGUGCUUUUGAGAUCUACAGAAGCAUGAUCAGGAGUGGCUGUCAGCCCAAUCGAGCAACUUUUCAAGUGUUAGUGUCUGCUUUUACAAAGAGUGAGGAUUAUGAAGGAGCAGUUAAGGUUUUGAAGGAAAUGAUGGAAAGAGCUAUAGCUCCAGAUUCAGAUUCAGAUGCCUUGUCUUGUGUUUUGAAUGGACUUGGGAAAGAGGGAGUUGUAAUGGACUUGGUCAAGGAGAUGAAAUCUCGGCACCUUAUGCCCCGAGGAAUCACUAAUGAAGUCUCGAGCACC